AUGGAGAUGACUAAUGUCAGCAAAGGAGGUGACUUUAUCCUGGUUGGUUUUUCUGAACAGCCCCAGUUGGAGAAGAUCCUCUUUGUGGUUGUCUUGAUUUCCUACAUCCUGACACUAGUUGGCAAUACAGCCAUCAUCCUGGUUUCCUGCCUGGAUCCCAAACUCCAUACUCCAAUGUAUUACUUCCUCACCAACCUCUCCCUCAUUGAUCUUUGCUUUACCACAAGCAUUGUUCCCCAGCUCCUAUGGAAACUAAGGGGACCAAUGAAGACCAUAACUCCCACAGGUUGUGCCAUCCAACUAUAUGUCUCUUUGGCACUGGGCUCCACUGAAUGUGUUCUCCUGGCUGUCAUGGAAUUUGAUCGCUAUGCUGCUAUCUGCAGACCACUCCACUAUGCUACUGUCAUUCAUCCAAGGCUAUGUUGGGCCCUUGUAGGGAUGGCAUGGGUAAGUGGCUUGGGUAAUACACUUAUACAGAGCACUAUCACCCUUAAUCUACCUCUAUGUGGGCAUAGGAAGCUCUACCAAUUUAUGUGUGAAGUACCUGCCAUGAUAAACUUGGCAUGUGUGGACAUUCAUGCCAAUGAAAUUCAGCUUUUUAUGGCCUCUUUAGUCUUGCUUUUUCUCCCCCUGGGAUUGAUCUUGAUCUCCUAUGCACUCAUUGCCCAGGCAGUGAUGAAAAUCAGGUCAGCCCAAGCUUGGCAAAAGGCUCUGAGAACCUGUGGAUCCCAUAUUUUGGUCACCCUCUUCUAUGGCACCAUCACAGCUGUCUACAUUCAACCCAAUAGUUCCUAUGCUCACAGGCAAGGCAAGUUCAUCACUCUCUUAUAUACUGUGGUGACGCUUACCCUCAAUCCCCUCAUUUAUACUUUGAGGAACAAAGAUAUGAAGGGUGCAUUGAAAAGGCUUCUAAGAAAAGAUCCAAACUAA